AUUUUAGAAAGAGUAUGUAGGAUAGUCAAAACCUUUACGCCACAGCUUCCACAACGACUUGUGAAUCUACCAAAUUAUAACACAAUUGUUCUCUAUUUGGAAUUAUUCCUUCCACAAUAGCCUUAGAAAACAAUAAUUUUUAAAUCGUGUAAUUUAAAACCCUUUUGCCAAUGAAAACGCCAAUUUUACUUCGAUAUAUGAUAUGUUUAAGUUUAUGUAAUUUUAAAUAUAAGAAUAGAAUUAACCGAAAUUGUAAAUAGAGAAAUUACAAUCGAAGAAAUUAAUUUAAAUACAUUAAAAAGCGAACCUGUGGAAAACUAAUCUUAUGUUUUUUUUUUAUUAGAGUCCAAUCAGCAGCAAAAUUUGAAAAACUCAUUUAUAAAAAUAUGUAUCAUGUUAAUUAUAAUUUUAGUAAAAUAGUUGGGAAUUGACUUACAUGUUUAUAAAAAUGCAAACACCCUUUAAGAUAUAACUUUCAAUCUUAUUAAAGAGAGUUAAGCUAGGUUCUAAGAAUUAAAAAAUUAUCAAAUGGAUAAUUAUUUCGAUCAGUUUCAAAAUACUUUAAAUUACUUAAAAUAAGAAAUAGAAAUCAACUUCUUAUAAUCCAAAAAUACUAAAUGUAUUCUGUAUCCAAAACAUAGUAUUCUGUAUCCAAAACAUAGUAUUCUGUUCCAAAACUCUUAAGUAAGUUUAAUUACAAAGCCUUUUUAUAUCAAUAGUUAAGAAAAAGAAAUUGUUGUAAAAAUAUCCCAAAUCAGAUUGGAUAAUUAUGAUAAUCAUAUAAAGGUAAUUGAAAUUUUGGAGAGUUUCUAAAAGGAUAUUAAUUUAUCAUACUUUGGUUAUUUUCAAUUUUUUUCACUAAAUGUCACAUUUUAUAAAUAUUACAAGAAAACCUUUGAAUAAUUUUAAGAGCAACUGAGUGAUGAAAAAAAUGAUAUUUCAUUAGUUUAACCCAUUGUAAAAAGCGCAUUUAUUAGCAUAAUCAAAUAAAUAAAGUUACUUCACGAUAAAUAUUAAGUCAUCCAUAGAGAUCUUAAGCCAUAAAAUAUUAUGAUUGAUUUAAAAAAAGAUACAAAUGAUUGGCAAGAUUAUCAAGAUGUUGACUAUAUAAUAAUAGAUUUUGAUUGCUCACUUUAAAUUAUAAAUCAUAAACAAGAGGUUUUUGAAACUUAUGGGGGAGGAACAGGUCAUUAUAUUCCUCCAGAACGCAGGGAUAAUGAAUAUAGCAAAUAAUCUGAUAUAUAUUAAUUAGGAGUUAUCUUUUUGGAAACCCUUUUUGAAAUUGAUUAAUCAUAAUAGAUUAACGAUUUUUGGAUAAGGAGAGAUGAAUUAAUUAAGGCAAAGAGCAAAUUUCAAAUAACUGAGAACCUUUAAAAAAGUCUCGUUGAUAUGAUAGCUGAAUUACCCUAAAACAGGCCAAGUUUGCAAGUUAUUUAAGAAUUACUCGAGAAGGAAUUUUGA